AGCUUCAUUUAUUAAAGCACUGUUACCAUCAUUUCCCUUUCCUCUUCUCUUCUCUUUACUAAUAACAAUAUUGUCAUUCUCUUUGAUCGAUGCUGUCUAAGCUUAGCUCAGUGUUGGCCAUUUUUGUCUCAAUCUUAUUCUUGAUAUUAUCUUAAUCUGGCUUUGAUGGACAAGGCAGGUGCUGAAGUUCAAAAUGAUGCUUCUAGUUCAAUGGUGUCUGCAGAUCUUGCUCUUCUUCAUCACCAGACAUGUGGUGGAAAUGGAGAAGAUGACCAAACCUCCUUGAUUGCUCAGUCCAGAAAACCUAGUCUGUCUUCUCUGCAAAUACCAGCAAGGUCAAUAGAAAGUGCAUUAUCUUCUUUUACUAGGACAGAUGGUCCCACAUUGUCAAGUCCAGGUUCCACUAGAGGACUUCCCCCAAGGCCAAAUUCUGCAAAAGUCAAGUCCUCUAUGAGAAAUUUACUUUCGGCGAGGAGCUUUCGGGCGAAAACUAGUUCACAAGAUUGUGAAAGGAAAGUUCUUAUUGUUCCUGACACUUUGCCAUCAGAUGGCGGUGCUCUGGAUCAUAAGCCUUCAACUUCAAGGUCCCUUUCUCUUAACAAGGUUGUGUUCCCUGCAUCAACAAAAGCAGCACAUUCGUUGCCGGUUACUCCAAGUGAAAAUUCAGGUGGAGAGAAUGUAGAUGGAAGACAUCCAAGGAGUGAUUCUGAUUUUAGUAAAAUGAAAGUUAAUCAACAUAUGACUCGAUCAUUUUCAGUUCCGGUUAAUGUUCAAACCACUAUUUCAAAGCCUACAGAUUCUAGGCGCCUGAUUCGUGUAAUUUCAGCUAGACCAAAUCUACCAACUAUUGAUGACAUUUCAAGUCACAAUACUUCAGUUUCAGAUAUUGUCAUUGAAGAUGCUUCUGAGGAUAUUCCUGAGGAAGAAGCAGUCUGUAGGAUUUGUUUUGUAGAGCUUGGGGAAGGAGGGAAUACUCUUAGGAUGGAUUGCAGUUGUAAAGGUGAGCUUGCACUUGCUCACCAAGACUGUGCAGUAAAGUGGUUUAGUAUCAAAGGAAAUAAGACCUGUGAUGUCUGCAAGCAGGAUGUCCGAAACCUUCCAGUAACGCUCUUGAAAAUUUCUAAUCCUGUAACUGUUGCUUGGCAGCCAUUGAAUGUACCACAGCAGAGAGAAGUUACUUCCUACAGGAUCUGGCAGGAUGUACCAGUACUCGUCUUGGUCAGCAUGCUGGCAUACUUUUGCUUUCUAGAGGAACUAUUGGUUUCUGAUUUGGGCUCUCGCGCUCUUGCCAUUUCAUUACCUUUCUCCUGCGUUUUAGGAAUCCUUUCAUCUAUGAUUGCAUCAGCCAUGGUGAGCAGGAGUUACAUAUGGGCUUAUGCUUGCUUCCAGUUUGCAUUUGUCAUCCUGCUUGCUCAUGUAUUCUAUUCUAUACUUAAUGUUAACGCGAUUCUAUCGGUCAUUCUUUCGUCAAUCAGUGGAUUUGGGAUUUCAAUCAGUAUGAACUCUCUCCUAAUGGAAUCUAUUAAAUGGAGAACGAGUAGGCAGAUUCAAUCUUCGAAUCAGAAUGUUAACACGUCGCAGCAGCAGCGCCAGGAUCAUGCCCCACGGCAUCAAGAACCUCAAAGACAGCAUCCUCAGCUGCAAAUGUUGUAGCAAGAGCAGCACCAAUGACAGCAGACCAGUCUUUCACAUCUAUGAAGAAUUGUGUUGUUUCAGUAACGUAUUUUUUACACAAGCUUUUUUUUUUCCUACCGAGGUUGGCAUUUCACUUGGUUUUGUAUCAAAAUAUUUCAAUCCCACAUGAGCAGCUAUGUGAAAACUGCAGGCAGUGUAGGAACGUUUUGUUAAAUAUAUUUAGAGUGGAAACUUUUAUGUGCUUACAAUAUAUGGUUCUCUUACAUCUUAAGGCACCGUUCCAAGUUAAGAGGAAUCAUACUGUAGAUUGGAUUUUUUUUUUCUAUUGUAUUUAAAUGGGGUAUCAUGUAAGGACCAUAGGUUUUGGUAGGGUGAUGCCAUUGUCUCCUAAACUCUAAUUAUUUAGAGUAGCUGAAAUUGCUGUUCUAUUAAUCAAUGUUUUACCUUUAUUUUGAGUUCA